AUGCCCUACGAGAACUCCGAUUGCAUGGAAGAGCGAAGAAACACUGAGCAUGAACCUUGUGAAGUGGAAGAUUUUCAGGCUCCUACACGCGAAUUGCCUCAACUUCCGUGCUCAAUGCUACCCGCGACGAAUCCUGAGCCAGCAGCUGGCCUGGAACAUGCAACAUCGGAUGAGUUUGACAUCGAAGAAGUGGUAGAUUCCAGAGCAAUGGAGAACAUGGGCACUCUGGAAGAGGGUCACACUAGCACAGAAACUAACGAGGACCAAGUCGGUGGGCAGCUACUGCUACCGCUGCUGAGCCUACUUGAUGACUUGCGUUUGGAAAACUGUCAGGAAGGGGAGGAGAUCCGGGCGGAGCUAGGAGACAGUGGUGAAGAGGCACCAGACAUACAAGUUGAUGAGACCAUCGUGGCAAGCAUUUCAAAGCUAGUCGAUAGUCAGGAGGGUUGUGACGAUAGAGCGGUGCCAAACUCUUUGCCUUACGAAGAAUUAUUGACUGGCAAACCCUCGGUCGUUGCCCUGCCAACACACAUUCUGCGCAGAACCUUGUCUAAGGCUGCUACUCAACAACAUGUCCUGUCCAGCCACCUGCCCACUCUGCAGAUGCGUGUUCACGAGUGUCCAGGUUAA